AGCCCUGUAGAGGUGGUCAAACCACACUUCUGACAUCCGCAACUAUCUUUACUUAGAACAAACACCAACUGACCGACAGCAAUGGCUCCUGUCAAUAUGUGCAACAUUGUGAGGACCACGAAAGAUAAAAUCAAAUUGAGAAAACCAGUGGUCGAGAAGAUGCGCCGAGACCGCAUCAACAGCAGCAUCGAACAACUCAAGUCACUCCUCAAAACCGAACUUCAAGCACACCAACCCAACUCUAAACUGGAGAAGGCUGACAUUCUCGAGACAGCUGUGUUUUACCUGAAAGACAACAGCACGCGCCCUGCUUCUUCAUUCAACGCAGCGUCAACUGUCCAGAGCUACGCGGAGGGAUUCACCCGGUGCCUGGAGGAGACGCUGCGUUUCCUCUCAGCGCACAACCAGCCGACUGACUCGCAACAUAAACUUGUCGAUCACUUCCAUCGGGUACAGAAACUUGGUGACAGAGUUGUGCUGAGUCCAAACCGCGCGACUGUCCCUCACAACAGCAGAACUCCGAAAUGUGUCACCGCAGGUGGAAGUGGGCCUUUGUGGAGACCCUGGUGAUGCGCAUAGCCUAUUUUGAGACUUUCGAUGUCAAAACCAGAUAAUAUGUUGGUCUAGCUGCACGACCAAGUAUGAUCUCUUGUAGGAAAUUAUUCCCUUUACAAUUUAUCUUUUGUUCGUAAAAGUUUAAAUUAUUGUUAUUAUUCUGUUUAGAAUGUAAAUUCCAUAUCCUGUAUUGUGCUAUUGCGCAUAUAUUUUUAACUUCACAAUUGUGAAGUAAAAUAUUUUUACAUAUUGUAAAAUAUAUUAAAAGUAAUACCUUGGUGUAUUUAUGGGAAAAGAACUCAGCCAUAUGUUGCUGAAUUGUAAUGUGUCCUGAAACAAACUGUUAUUGGAACAUUGAUUAUCACAUUGAUAUGGAAAUAUUCCCCAAUAAAUAAAAGGAAAUUACAAUUUA